AUGUCUAAUAUUGGCUCGUAUGCCAAUAUAUCUUCCACUGCCACCACAACCAUCAUGAAUAUAGAUGAUUUACCGCCAUAUGAAUUUAUUUAUAGUUCGGGUAAAAUAUUCGCCUUACGUCUACGUUUCGCUAAACCUCUGCCGCCAAAAAUCGAUAAUUGGCAUUUAAAUGUUAGUGUGGAAUAUCGAUUUUUAAAAAAAGACAAUUUUAAAAAUGAUGGCCGUCUUAUACCGGGCACCUAUUGUGAUUAUUAUUUCUUUGCUAAUCCCGAAGUGCCUCCUAAUUCCUUAGAUAUAUGGAAAUAUUUCCAUUCACCUCGCUUUCCCGCCAAAUAUCCUAGUCAUAUUAAGUGCUCUUAUAAAUUUAUUGGCAGACCCGAAACUCGUGUAGAAGUUAUAUUUGAAGAAUUACGCAUACCCAGAAAAGGAACCAGUUGUAAUUUAGAUAAACUCACAAUAUUUGAUGCUGAAUCCGCCAAUAUGAAUGCUGUUAUUGAUGUUUUAUGCGGUAUGCUUACCACCACACGCCAUAUCCUCAGUACUGGUCCCGAUUUAUUAAUUGAAUUUAAUGCCAGUUCGAAUAUUACAUCCAAAGGGUUUAGAGGAAAGUUUAAAUUUAUACAAAAUGAUUUUAUAAAUAGUAUAGCAACAGAUUCACCAAUUGUAGUGGGAGAAAUUCAUACAUCGUUAAAGAAACCAAAUAACAAUAUUUUAGCAUUUAAUAUAAUGGAAAAUUCUAAACUUUCGAAAGGGUUAAAAGAGGCUCAAAGUUCAUCUUCAUCAUCGUCAUCCCCAUUGCUAGCAACUUUAACAUCUACAUAUACGUCGUAUAGUGCUCUGGAGGAUGUUACACAGAAUCCUUUAUGUUUAUUUACAAACAUUUUUACCAUACAAAAUAAUACUGUUAAAAUUAUAAAUUCAUCUAAUAAUCGUAAGUUUUCCGUUAGUGUUUUAAUUUUUUAA